AUGAAUAUCAUGGAAUCGAAUGAUGUGGAAGAUGGCUUAUAUACAGAAGAUGGGACAGUUGACAUUAAAAAACAACCUGCCAACAAGUUAAAGACUGGAGGAUGGAAAGCAUGCAGGUUUAUACUUGGAAAUGAAUGCUGUGAAAGAUUGGCGUACUAUGGCAUGAGUACAAACCUAGUGAACUAUCUCCAGACCCGUUUCAACCAAGGAAAUACAACUGCUGCAACUAAUGUCACAACCUGGUCAGGGACAUGCUACAUCACCCCAAUACUUGGAGCCUUUUUGGCUGAUUCAUACCUGGGAAGAUACUGGACAAUUGCUACUUUCUCAACUAUCUACGUCGUUGGAAUGGUACUUUUAACAUUUUCUGCUACUAUCCCUGGAAUAAAACCAGCAUGUGAUGCUAAUGGUUGCCAUCCAACAUCAGCAGAAACUGCAGCUUGCUUUGUAGGACUGUACUUGAUUGCUCUGGGAACAGGAGGUAUCAAACCCUGUGUCUCAUCCUUUGGUGCUGACCAAUUUGAUGACAACGAUGAGACUGAGAGGUUAAGGAAGAGUUCUUUCUUCAAUUGGUUUUAUUUCUCAAUUAAUAUUGGCUCACUUAUUGCUUCGUCAGCGUUGGUUUGGAUUCAAACGAAUGUGGGUUGGGGAUGGGGAUUUGGAGUACCUGCUGUGGCAAUGAUGAUUGCAAUUAUAUUUUUCUUCAUUGGUAGUAGAUGGUACAGACUUCAGCGACCUGGAGGAAGUACCAUUACAAGAAUUUGUCAAGUUAUAGUCGCAGCUUGCAGGAAAUCUAGGCUAAAAGUGCCUGAUGACUCGUCCCUUCUUUAUGAGAUUGAAGACGCAGAGGCUAACAUCAGAGGGAGGACCAAAAUGCCACACACACAUGAGUUAAAGUUUUUGGACAAGGCCGCAAUAGAGAGAGAAUCUGACCACACAAAGGAUUGCGCAAAUCCAUGGAAGCUGUGCACAGUGACGCAAGUGGAAGAGCUGAAAGCCUUAAUCCAUUUGCUCCCAAUUUGGGCUUCCCUGAUAGCCUUUGCAACGGUGUACAGUCAAAUGAGCACAAUGUUCGUGUUACAAGGAAACACAAUGGAUCAACAGGUAGGUCCUCACUUCAAAAUGCCCUCUGCAUCUCUCUCCAUCUUUGACACUCUCAGCAUCAUCUUCUGGGCACCAGUCUACGACAGCAUCAUUGUGCCCAUUGUAAGAAAGUUCACUGGCCACCGACAAGGCUUCACGCAGCUCCAACGCGUAGGCAUAGGCCUUGUCAUCUCCAUCAUCUCCAUGAUUGUUGCUGGCAUUCUAGAGGUUGUUCGCCUCCACAUGGUCAGAAAAUACAACCUCUACGACGCUCAAACCGUUCCUAUCUCAAUCUUCUACCAAGUGCCUCAGUACUUUCUCAUAGGAGCUGCCGAAGUUUUCACCAACAUUGGUCAAAUGGAGUUCUUUUACGGACAGGCACCUGAUGCUAUGAGAAGCUUGUGUUCAGCUCUUCAACUCACCACUAAUGCAUUGGGAAGCUAUGCGAGCAGUUUGAUUCUUAUAAUUGUGACAAAAAUCACCACAAGCAAUGGAAGCAUUGGUUGGGUCCCAGACAAUCUCAACAGGGGUCAUCUUGAUUACUACUUUUGGCUUCUGUCUGUUCUCAGCCUCAUCAACUUUUUUGUAUAUCUCUGGCUUGCUAAGAGGUACACGUACAAAAAGGGUACAUGA